GGUCCCUUUCUCUUCACUGACCACAAUGCCAAGGCAGGUGGAGCAGCUGACAACUCAUUAAAGCCUCCCACCCACAGGAACAAAGACCGGCUCUGUGAUCCAAAGCCAAGAAGACAUGGCAGAUCCCUUCUCGGGAUUCAGUGUAAAGCGAGGCCUGAUCUCCCUGGCAUUGCUUCUCUUCCUCCUCCUGGAGAGCAGCACCUCGAGGCAGGUGAUGGUGAUGAAGAAGAAGAUGCCUUACGGUGGACAAGAGAAUGGGAUGGAGAUGGAGAUGGAGAUGAGCACAGAGGAUAACAGGAGGCUGCUGUGGGCUGCUUCAGGGAAGAAGUACAUCAGCUAUGAGGCACUCAAGGGGGAUGUGGUUCCCUGCACCAAGCUCGGAGUCCCUUACUACAAUUGCCACUCCUUCCCAAGUGCGAACCCUUACAACAGAGGUUGUCAGGUCAUCAGUGGCUGCAGGGGUGACAGCCCUUAGAAGGAACGGUGUGAAGCUUCAGGUGAGAGAAGCUUCCCCCAUGUCACUACUGUUUUCCUCAGGAUGUAGUAGCUUCACCAUCGUUACUACUUCUUCAAAGGGAUGCAAUUGAUCCAUCCACUAGUAGCUAUUUGCUUUCCCUUUGGGCUAUCAUAAAAAUCUCAAGUCAGAUGCUUGUUUGGAGUUGAUUGAUGUUUGUAUGUUGCGAUCUAUGGAUAGAUAACCUGCUAUUAAGUGUCCAUUA